GAUCUUACUUGACCAUGCAGACUUUUCUGAGUGACAGUCUUUAGAAAUGGAUACUAAUGGAAUUGUAGAGAGCAGGACGAAUCGGAAUGAAAGUUCUUCACAUUCAUUGACAAUAUGUGGGAACUGUUUGAGAUGUAUUCGCAGGUUGAUUCCUGUUGACUUCAAAAAAGAAAUGAUUGAAUUAACAACAAUGGCUGGGCCUUUGGUUAUGGCUCAGCUCAUGGUCUUUUUAGUGAGUUUCGUCAGUACAGUUUUCUGUGGCCAUUUGGGGAAGACAGAACUGGCAGGGGUGGCUCUCGCCAUUGCUGUGAUUAAUGUUACAGGUAUCUCCAUUGGGUCUGGUUUAUCAUCAGCGUGUGACACACUCAUUUCUCAGACCUUUGGGAGCCGCAACCUCCUGAAAGUUGGGGUCAUUCUACAGAGAGCCAUCCUCAUUCAACUUCUGGCCUGUUUCCCAUGCUGGGCUAUUCUCAUCAACACAGAACCCAUCCUCCUGGCUGUCAAACAGAGCCCAGAGGUCGCCUGGUUGUCUCAGAUCUAUGUGAAGAUUUUUAUGCCAGCACUCCCAGUGAGUACAUCUAUGGCGGUCUGUGUAUAUUUGUAAACAACAGCUGGUGCACAAAAUCAAAUACUAAGGAAGUCU